AUGGCCUCAGAGCCUAUAGAGUGCCAGAAUGUGGUGCUGAGGGUGUCCAUUCACUGCCAAGGAUGCAAGAAGAAGGUGAAGAAAGUGCUCCAGAACAUCAGUGGCGUGUACCGAUGCGAAAUCGAUGCCCGGAGCAACAAGGUCGUGGCGACGGUCUCGACGAAGCUCGACCCCUACAUGCUUGUCGCCAAGCUGCGCAAGUCCGGCAAGCAGGCGGAGCUAUGGCCGGAGCAGCCGCCACCACCACCACCACCACCGGCAGCUGAGAGCCAAACUCAGGAGCCCAACCAGCCUGACGAGCCGAGCAAACCCAGCGAACCUGCCGAGAAGCGCGGCGCCGACACAGCCGACGCCGCCGCGGCAGAGCCGAGCAACCCUCCGGAGCCCAAGCAGAGCAUCGGCGAGGCCCCGAAUCCGGCUCAGGGCAGCAAAGAAAAUGCCAGCGCUGACGACGCCGGCGAUGACACCGCGGCGGCACCGGCGCCGGCACCGGCGCAGCAUGGACCCAGCGAGGCGAAGGGGAAAGCGAAAGCGAUGCAGCAGCCGGAGAUGGAGAGGCAGCCGGUGGACGCCAGAGUGACUGUAGAGUACGACCGAGGCGUCCCGGGCUACGUGAACCGCAUGCCGGUGCCGCCGCCGGCGGUCAUGAGCUACAACCAGGUGCGGCCGAGCGUGAGCGCGUCCUACUACGCCCCCGCCCCCGCCCCCGCCCCCGCCCCGGCACCAGCGGCGCCGGCACCGGCGCCAAUGCCGAUGGCGAGGCCGGGGCCGUCGCAGGGCUACAUCGACGAACACUACACGCCGUCCUACUAUAACAGCAACUACAACCGGUCGCCGGCGUACGAGCCCGAGCCGUACUACUACAGCCCUCCGCAGCCGGCGCCGUAUAGCUACCAGUACCAGUACCAGUACCAGCCGGCUUCUUCGUCGGAGGAUUACUACUACAGCGCGCCGCCGCAGAGGAGCGCCUUCUCGCCGCCGCGGGACGGCUACGGCGACAUGUUCAACGACGAGAACGCCAGUUCUUGCACCGUCAUGUGA